UCGAAAAACAAAAACCGAACGCGUUGUUGAGAACAAUGGCAGAUCCCCGCAUUAGGCAAAUAAAGAUCAAAACUGGCGUAGUUAAACGUAUAGCCAAAGAGAAGGUGGUUUACGAGAAGGAGGCGGAACAACAAAAAGUUAGAAUACAGAAGUUAAAAGACGAAGGGCAGGACGAACACAACAUUAGGAAGCAGGAAGAAGUCCUUCAGGAGUCGCUUAUGAUGGUACCGGAUUGCCAGCGGCGAUUAGCAAAAGCAUUCACAGAUCUUAAAAACACACUGAACACAGAGCAAGAUCUCAAAGAGCACGAAGACUACCUAGCAGCAGAACAAGUAUUAAAAGACGCUGAAUGUCAGCUGCCAGAGGCCUCAUAAUCUUCUACACCAUCAAUUUCUAAUACCUUUACAUAUUUAUAACAAUUAAUAUUAAUAUUACAAUCAUGUCUUAUACGCCUAGCUUUUAUGACAGAGGCAAUUUUACAUUCCAAAGAAACAUGCAAAACUUUCAAAAUAUUCCCCCAAAUUUUCCAUUAGUGCCGCCCCCUCCGCCUCCUGUUACUCCCUUUUUGUUGACCCCAGAAUUAUCAGAUCAGGAGUACAUUAAGAAGUUUGAGAAUCGCAUCCCUGUUACUGUAAAGAAAAAGAUCAAUAAGUUUAACAUAUCAGAACUUCACAAUAAAUUGCAUACACUAGUUCUAUCAUUGAAUGAUAUAAAAAAUCAAGAAUGCAUGUUGUCCAACAACAUAAACACAUUGUCUGAAGAAGAGUGGAAUAGUGCGCUCAAUAACAUAAAAGAGAACA